AAGCGACCCGAGGAGAGUUUCGAGGGCAUCAAUACAGAAGUUCUCUGAACUGACAGAUAAACUGUUUUAGAAUAACCAAUGACAUGCCACAAUGAACAUCAAGCGACACUGACACUGUUCUGGAAUCUGGAUGCCCUGCUGAAGUUUAUCACCACUCGAUUAUUGUAGCUGUUGUAUGGAUAUAUGGACUGAAUGUUAAACCAGCAAUGGACCCAUAACAACUGACAUUAGGGUGAUGACUUUGGUAAAGUUGGAUGUAAACGUGUUUUAUAAAACAUGGACCUUAUAGGUAUUUGCCUGUUCAAACGCAACGUGUCCAUUUUAACAACUUUAAAUCGAUGCCGAAUAUUUAAUUCAGUGGUCAGAUGGAGGGACCAGAAAAAACUUUACACGUACAAAUCACUCUCUGACUCUGCUCCUACGGAUCUGACCAGGACAUACUUCUCUUUCUCUGUAAGAGGAUCUUUAUUCCCUAAAUCCCUCAGUCUGACGUCAAGGUCACGACGACUCGGCACUGAAUUCAAAUCUCCAAUUCAAGCAGUCCCGGUGAUAAUUCAACCCACACGCGAGUUUCACACUUCCGGCAGGUUAAAAGCUUUACCUGCGCCUGUCAUAUGGCUGGUGUUAAAGCCCAUACAGAAGCUCGUGGCAAUCAUACUAGGCAGGAGCAUUAGAAAGUGGUGGUUGGCUUUGCCAGCCAAUAAAAAGCAGUUGUUUCGUGAAUGGAUGAGGCGUCGGCGAUGGCACUUGGCAGGAGCUGGGGCAGGAUUUAUGUUCUUCAUCUCGCUUUUCUUUCUUACACACCUGGAUGAAUCUCCAGUUACUGGCAGGAGCAGACUGCUGGUGUUCAGCAGGGAGAACUUCCUGGAGCUGGCUCAGUUCACUUCAGAUGGGUAUAUGGAGGAGUUUAAGGAGUCUCUGCUUCCUGCAUCAGAUCCCAGGCAUCAGGUGGUUGAGCAAGUGGUUCAACAUAUAGCGCAGAGGAACCAGGACAUUGCUGAGAUUUCUUCUGUCUCCUGGACUGUCCAUGUGGUUGAUGGGCCCACUGUCAACGCUUUUGUUUUGCCUAAUGGAGAGGUAUUUAUUUUUACAGCAAUGCUGGAAGCUGUAGCAGACGUCCAUCAGCUGACCUUUAUACUAGGGCAUGAGAUGGCUCACGCUUUGAUUGGUCAUGCGGCAGAGCAGGCCAGUUUGUCUCAUGUGGUGGAGCUCUUGUCUCUCAUCCUGCUAACUGCGAUCUGGGCAAUCUGUCCUCGUGACAGUCUGGCUGUGCUGGGCCAGUGGAUUCAAACCAAACUCGUCCAGUUCUUAUUUGACAGGCCAUUCAGUCGUAAACUGGAGGCAGAGGCGGACCAGGUUGGCCUGCAGUUGGCUGCCAAGGCGUGCGCUGAUGUGAGGGCGGGCCCGGUGUUUUGGCAGCAGAUGGAGAUCUCUGAACAGUUGAGAGGAGAGCCCACCAUCCCAGAGUGGCUGUCCACACACCCCUCCCACCAAAACCGUGUCAGACAGCUGGACCGCCUCGUCCCUGAGGCUCUGGAGCUCCGUGGACGCUGCGACUGUCCCACCCUACCAGCAGCGGACCCCCGUGUUAUUUUCUCCAAGAGCGUUCGAUUGAUUUUGGAAAACGCCAAGAAGCAAGAGGUGAUGGAGAAAGAGGAAAAUAAUGAAAAAGGGAGAAUGCUACCCCUUCCUCAAACCCCUCCUGUCCCAGCUCAGGGUGCUCCGCUAGGGGGGCUGCUGGCUUCGUCCGCACUGCCACAAAACUCCGCUUAGUAAACAAGACCGACAGGCACAGAUUCGAGCUUUCCUUUGUAGUUCCCGCUUUCCUCUCCAGCAGCUUUGAACAAGGCCGAGCGCGUCACCGGAUUGAUCAGUUGCGUUUGUUGUCACUUGGAUUCCCACGAGUUUGCUGCUGUGAUGUUAGUCGAUGAGUCGAAACGAGUGGGCAUACAUAUGUCGAACUUUGACUUCACGCCCCUCCUCUUAACAUCCACUGUAGGUGCGAGCCUAUGAAUAACGAAGGCUUUCCAAAUGGGGUUUUGAUUAGUUUUAAUUAUGUUAUUAGCGUAAGACCCCUAUGAAGAUGGGUAGCGGUGUGCAUUAUUCAUCAAAGAUUCGGCUCUACUAUAGGUUCCCGGACGUGAUGUAAGUGCUGCGUAGCUGUUUGUGCCGCUGUGUUCAGAACUGCGCUGUGAUUUGGGCUCUCUACAUUAUUUAAAGGAUUUAUUAACAGUGACAGCUGGACCCGGAUGAGCCCAACAGUAGCGUUCUUGAAAAGCGUGUCCUCUAUGCAAGAGACGUGAAUGUAAUCGUGGCAUAAAGAAUUGUGUUUACACCC